UGGCCACAACUCUAAAAUUCUCUCUUCUUUUUCUCCAUUUUUUAUUCCUCUGUUUGUUCCCACUGCAGAUCACCUCCUCACCAAGAACCCAAGCAGAAGCUCUCGUCAGAUGGAGAAACAGCUUCUCUUCUUCACCUCCUUCUCUCAAUUCAUGGUCCCUCGCCAGCCUCGCCAGCCUCUGCAACUGGACUGCCAUUUCCUGCGACACCACUGGAACAGUUUCAGAAAUACACCUCUCCAAUCUGAACAUUACUGGAACACUUGCCCAGUUCAGCUUCUCUUCGUUUUCAAACAUCACCAGCUUUGACCUCCAGAAUAAUAAUAUCGGCGGAGUCAUACCAUCAGCUAUUAUUAAUCUCUCCAAGCUCACUUACUUGGACUUGAGCAGCAACUUUUUUGAGGGCAGCAUACCUGUGGAGAUGGGACGAUUGGCAGAGCUUCAGUUUCUUAAUCUUUAUUACAACAAUCUCAAUGGUACCAUUCCUUAUCAGCUUAGCAAUCUCCAAAACGUACGGUACUUGGACCUUGGAGCAAACUUCUUUCAAACACCUGAUUGGUCUAAAUUUUCAAGUAUGCCUUCGUUGAUCCAUCUUAGCCUUUUCUUUAAUGAACUCUCUUCAGGGUUCCCUGAUUUCUUAUCCAAUUGCCGGAAUUUGACCUUUCUGGACUUGUCUUCCAAUCAGUUUACUGGCAUGGUACCAGAAUGGGCAUAUACUGAUCUGGGAAAGAUUGAAUAUUUAAAUCUCACUGAAAACUCAUUCCAAGGGCCAUUGUCAUCUAACAUUUCCAAGCUUUCCAAUCUCAAACAUCUUCGUCUGGCAAAUAAUAAUUUUAGCGGGCAGAUUCCUGGAAGUAUUGGCUUCUUGUCUGAUCUUCAAAUUGUUGAGUUGUUUAACAAUUCAUUCAUAGGGAAUAUUCCAUCUUCUUUAGGCCGACUCAGGAAUUUAGAAUCACUUGAUCUCCGAAUGAAUGAUUUAAAUUCAACAAUACCUCCUGAGCUUGGCCUUUGUACCAACCUCACAUACCUGGCCUUGGCCUUGAAUCAACUAAGUGGGGAAUUGCCUCUGUCCUUGGCCAAUCUCACCAAAAUGGUUGAUUUAGGUUUAUCUGAUAAUGUUUUGACAGGUGAAAUCUCACCUUAUCUUUUUUCCAAUUGGACUGAAUUGUUUUCUUUACAACUUCAAAACAAUAUGUUGUCUGGACAUAUUCCCUCAGAAAUUGGGCAACUGACAAAGCUCAAUCUUCUUUUCCUCUACAAUAACACACUUUCUGGUUCAAUUCCCUUUGAGAUUGGAAACUUGAAAGAUUUGGGGACUCUAGAAAUUUCAGGAAACCAGCUUUCAGGGCCUAUUCCUCCUACACUCUGGAAUCUCACAAAUCUUCAGGUCAUGAAUCUUUUUUCCAACAAUAUCAGUGGAAUAAUUCCACCUGAUAUUGGAAAUAUGACAGCCCUAACACUACUAGAUCUCAGCGGUAACCAGCUUUAUGGAGAGUUGCCAGAGACUAUUUCACGCCUUAGUUCUCUACAGUCAAUCAAUUUGUUCACUAAUAAUUUCUCUGGUAGCAUUCCAAGUGAUUUUGGCAAGUAUAGCCCUUCUUUGUCAUAUGCUAGCUUUUCGGACAACAGCUUCUUUGGGGAAUUGCCACCUGAGAUUUGUAGUGGUUUGGCUCUCAAACAAUUUACGGUUAAUGACAACAAUUUCACUGGGUCAUUGCCGACCUGCUUGAGGAAUUGCUCAGGAUUAACUAGAGUACGGCUUGAUGGGAACCAAUUCACUGGAAACAUCACUGAUGCAUUUGGAGUUCAUCCAGGACUUUAUUUCAUUUCUCUCAGCGGCAAUCAGUUUAUUGGUGAAAUCUCGCCUGUUUGGGGAGAAUGUGAAAACCUGACCAAUUUUCACAUAGACAGAAAUAGAAUUUCUGGUGAAAUCCCUGCUGAACUUGGGAAGUUGACCAAGCUAGGUGCUCUAACUCUGGACUCGAACGAUUUGACUGGGAUGAUUCCCAUUGAAUUGGGAAAUCUAAGCAUGUUACUCAGUCUCAACUUGAGCAACAAUCAUUUGAGAGGAGUAAUCCCCCUGAGUUUGGGCAGUUUGUCAAAGCUCGAAUCUCUUGAUUUAUCUGAUAACAAGCUGUCUGGAAAUAUACCAGAUGAGCUUGCGAAUUGUGAGAAGCUAUCGAGCCUGGAUUUGAGCCACAACAAUCUAUCAGGUGAAAUUCCUUUUGAGCUGGGAAACUUAAACUCAUUGAAGUACUUGUUGGAUCUCAGCAGCAAUUCACUCUCAGGACCAAUACCUGCUAAUCUAGGAAAGCUGACAUUAUUGGAAAAUCUCGAUGUCUCACACAAUAAUCUUUCAGGAAGAAUCCCAACAGCUUUGUCUGGCAUGAUUAGUCUGCAUUCUUUCGAUUUCUCCUACAAUGAGUUGACUGGACCUGUCCCAACUGAUGGAAUGUUCCAAAAUGCAUCUACAGAAGCUUUUAUUGGAAACUCAGACUUGUGUGGAAAUAUAAAAGGGUUAUCUCCUUGUAAUCUGAUAACUUCAAGCGGAAAAUCCUCAAAAAUCAACAGAAAGGUUCUUACUGGUGUCAUUGUUCCAGUUUGUUGCUUGUUCUUGAUAGCAGUAAUCGUUGUUGUAGUGCUAAUAUCUCGUCGGAAGAGCAAACUCGUUGAUGAAGAGAUCAAAAGUUCAAACAAAUACAAGAGUACUGAGUCAAUGAUAUGGAAAAGAGAGGGAAAGUUCACAUUUGGAGAUAUUGUUAAGGCCACUGAAGACUUCAAUGAGAGGUACUGCAUUGGAAAAGGAGGAUUUGGAAGUGUUUACAAAGCUGUUUUGUCAACUGAUCAAGUUGUUGCAGUCAAAAAACUAAAUGUAUCAGACUCCAGUGAUAUUCCAGCAAUAAAUCGCCAGAGUUUUGAGAAUGAGAUUCGAAUGUUGACAGAAGUUAGGCAUCGGAACAUCAUCAAGCUUUAUGGGUACUGUUCCAGGAGGGGCUGUUUGUACUUGGUUUAUGAGUAUGUUGAAAGAGGAAGCUUAGGGAAGGUUUUGUAUGGAGUGGAAGCGGAACUGGAGCUUGGUUGGGCUACAAGAGUGAAGAUUGUACAAGGAGUGGCUCAUGCAGUUGCCUACUUGCACCAUGAUUGCUCUCCACCCAUUGUUCAUCGGGAUAUAUCUUUGAACAAUAUCUUGCUCGAAUUAGAAUUUGAGCCACGACUCUCAGAUUUUGGAACAGCCAGAUUGUUGAGUAAAGAUUCAUCCAACUGGACUGCAGUUGCUGGCUCUUAUGGCUACAUGGCACCAGAGCUGGCGCUUACCAUGCGAGUGACCGACAAAUGUGAUACUUACAGCUUUGGAGUGGUGGCACUAGAAGUGAUGAUGGGAAAGCACCCAGGAGAGCUCUUAACUUCACUAUCAUCCUUAAAAAUGUCAAUGACAAAUGAUACUGAGUUAUGUCUAAACGAUGUGCUGGACGAGCGGCUUCCACUUCCUGCAGGCCAAUUAGCAGAGGAGGUUGUUUUUGUAGUCAAGGUUGCCUUGGCAUGCACUCGUACAGUUCCAGAGGAACGGCCUUCCAUGCGCUUUGUGGCACAAGAACUAGCAGCACGAACUCAAGCUUACUUGUCUGAGCCAUUGGACAAUAUAACUCUCAGCAAGCUAGCUGGCUUUCAAAAAUAAAACAGGGCGAAACUGGUGGGUCAGGUCUUUUCUCUUUUUCAUAUCUUGUCCUGUCUAUCAGUUUCUGGAGGGCUAGGCCUUCCUGGAAUGAUGUGCUAUAGUAAUGAGGUGCACGUCCUCUUGACCGAUUUAAUUUUGUCACUUUCUCUUGACUAGUUACUGAAUCUGUGACAUAUAUUUUUUUAGACCAGACUUAAUUCAUCUUACAUAAACAAAA